AUGCUGCUACGCUGUCUUCCGCUUCCAGGGCGGGGCCUGGGCCCUCUGGGCGACUUGCCGAGGUCGUCAGUUCCAACCGAUGGGCUCGGGAGGCGGCUAGGUGCCAUCCGCCAAGCUUUGGAAAGUUGCGCCUAUUUGCAGCUCAAUGAAAGUGUUUCCCUGCCACCGGUGCUUGCAAAGGGACUUGUGGGAGGAAAGAGUCUUGAGCUUUGGCCCAAGUUGCACAGGUCAAGCGGCAGAUGUUUGAGCUUUCAGAGCUUCGUGUUUAUACAAGGCAAGGGCCUUGCUUCAGCUCGCGAAGCCGACCACGGAAAGUCUUCGCUUUCACUGCUUCGAUCUGCUCGAAGCGAGAAGCACAGGCUUCAAUGA